AUGUCGGUGGCCCGACUCCCUGUUGAAGUUGACGAUCGGGAGUCUAAGAGGGCUAAAGGGAUGGCCUCACCCAUAAUCGGAUUCUCGGAUGAUGAUAAAGUUGGAACCAUCCAGCCCCACGACGAUGCUCUAGUCGUCAAACUCAGGAUUGGAGGAUAUGACGUGAAGAGGGUGCUAGUCGAUCAGGGCAGUGCUGUGGAAGUAAUGUACCCCGACUUGUACAAGGGGUUGAAGCUGAGACCAGAAGACCUAACAACAUACGACUCCCCUUUGGUGAGUUUCGAAGGGAAAACUGUCACUCCAAAAGGCCUGAUUAGGCUGCUUAUACAAACAGGCUUGGACAUAGUGGAGGUGGACUUCAUAAUGGUGGACGCAUACUUGCCCUACACUGCCAUUGUAGCCAGACUGUGGCUUCACGCCCUAAGAGCUGUAUCAUCAACCUUACACCAAAAGGUGAAGUACUUGUCGGAGGGUCAGGUCAAAGAAGUGAUAGGGGACCAACUCGUAGCCCGACAAUGCAUGGUAUCUGCCAUCUCGCGACGACCGAGUAUUGAACCCUCUACCAUUGCCGAGGACAACUUAUAG